AUGAAAGCCCUCGUCUAUAAAGGCAAUGGCCAAUGUGCCCUUGAGGAACGCCCGGUUCCAGAAAUCCAGGACCCAACGGAUGUUAUUGUGAAAUUAACAUAUACGACAAUCUGUGGAACAGACACGCACAUCCUGCAUGGAGACGUCCCGACUUGCAAACCAGGACGAAUCCUGGGACAUGAGGGUGUCGGUGUUGUACAUGAACCGGGCCCAGCAGUUUCCCGAUUCAAGAAAGGAGAUCGCGUGCUCAUCAAUUGCAUCUCCAGCUGUGCCACAUGCACAUACUGUCGAAGGGGAAUGUAUAGUCACUGUAUCAAGGGAGGUUGGAUCCUCGGCAACACCCGUGACGGUACCCAGGCUGAAUAUGUCCGAAUCCCACUCGCGGAUAGCGGCUUGCACCUUGUGCCUGAAGGAGUGGAUGAGAAAAGCCUCGUCAUGUUGUCUGAUAUUCUUCCCACAGGACUUGAGUGCGGUGUCUUAAACGGCAAGGUUCAGCCGGGAUCGAGCGUCGCGAUCGUUGGCGCAGGACCAGUCGGGCUCGCGGCGCUGAUGACUUCGAGGCUCUAUUCUCCCAGCUUGAUCGUGGUGAUUGACAAGGACCCAAACCGUCUCAAAGUCGCGAAGAAACUCGGCGCAGGCCAUACAAUCAACAGUGACGAGUCGUCGCCUGAGGAGGCAAUCAUGGGCCUCACCAACAAGACGGGCUGCGACACUGUAAUUGAAGCCGUUGGUAUUCCUGCCACGUUGGAAAUGGCCCAGGAUCUCGUUGCGCCAGGCGGGACAAUCGCGAACGUCGGUGUGCAUGGGAGAAGCUGCACGUUGAAGAUUGAGAAGUUGUGGGACCGUAAUAUUUCCUUGACAACGAGGCUGGUCGACACUGUCACCACCCCGAUGUUGUUGAGCUUGUUCGCUGCGGGAACAAUUCAGCCAGGAAAUCUGAUCACGCAUGAAUUCACAUUCAAGGAAAUGGAGAAGGCGUAUACGACUUUCAAGUCGGCGGCGCAGCAUGAGGCUUUGAAGAUGUUGAUUUCGAUGUAA